CCGACCCCAGCCCACGUUCUCCGUGCUCCUCGCCACCUCGAAGGACCGUGCUCUGGCUCCACUGCCGCCUCGCCGGCGCGCUGCGUCCGCUCCUAGCUUCUCCAGGCCUGUCGCCCCUCCUUCUCUAUCUCCAAGAGCCCGCGCCAAAUCCGCAUCUAAAAUCGAAUCCCCAACUAAAUAGGCUGGAUCUCCACUCUAUCCUCAACCGAAUUCGGGCGAGAUUCAUCCCUAUCCCCAAUCCAACCGUGCGCCUAUAUAAAGGAGAGGAUUUGAUCUAGAUGAGGGGGAAGAAUCCGGCCAGAGGCCCUGCUGUAGGUUGAAGCCCGACCGCACGCGGCCUUGUGUCGCGCCGCCCCUGCUGCUGUCUGCUGAGGAGAACGGGCUGAUCCCCUGGUGCGUCAGCGGAUUGGCGACUCGGCCGAAGGCCGUCGCCUCCCGGUGCUGCCCUGUGUCCUGCCGGCCGGUAGCCCCUGCUGUCGGGUCCCCUGCUGCCGUCUCUGGCGCCGAUGGAAGAAAGGGGCCUAGCCCCUGCUGCGUCGCACCGCCUCACCACCAGGCCAGGAGCCCUGCUGCGCUGAGGCCCGGUCCCAUGUGGCUGAAGGCCGUGGCGUCCCCUGCUACUGCCGUGGAGCCGGGCCAGCCAGAGCCCCUGUUGGUCGCUGCCCUUGUGCCGUGCCAUUUCCCCCGGUGAGUUUGCUUUGAUUGUUUCGGCCAGCCUCUGUGUUGCGCCAUGUCUCCAUUGGUCGACCACUCGACCAGGUACGCAUCUGUAUAUGCCACACAUGUCGAUUUGAGCUUGGCUGCUGCUGCAUGUGUUGUUUUUUCGGCAUUGGCUGUGUGUGUUGGUAUGGAUAUGAUGAUCAUGUUCACCGCCGGUCGUGGCCUGCACCAUGCUCAGCUCAACCGCCGCCUUGCCGAUACCUUCUGGGUCCACUUCGUGCCACCGUGGCCCGGCAAGAACACCAUCGAGAGCCAAGUCAUGCAGCGGGACGAGUUCGUGGCUCAGCUUCACGUCGCACUCGAGCGGUACCUGUGGCGGCUCGCCGAGCACCCCGCGAUCGGGCCCAGUGAUGAGCUGCAUGUAUUCUUGCAGGCCGAGGGAAAGAUGCCGUUGUCUGGCAGCACCGAUGUAGCGUCCAGGAUGCUCGAUGGACCGGCGCGGCUCCCGCGACAGCUCCCCUCCGGGGAGGAGGACGUGGUGCAGCCAGCCAAGGGCGGGAGGGACCUGCUGAGGAUAUUCAAAGAGCUCAAGCAGUCGGUUGUGAUAGACUGGGUUGACGUCAAGCCACCACUGGUGGAGGAGGAAAGGGGGGUUCCUGGAGAAGAAGGAGAAGCUGCAGGAGUGGGAGCAGCAACUCACCAGCACAUCACAACAGGCUGUUUAACGUUGGCAUCGUCCUGUCCUCUCCACAAAGGCACAAACAGAAACACUUGUCAGGGCUCAGCAAGAUAUGGGUGAAACAAUAGGAGCGCUCAGAUUGGCAUUUAUCAAACUAACAAGGUUUGAGACUGAGGAGGCAAUGUAUGACUCGCAGAGAAUAAGUGCAGCUGACAGUAAGUGCAUAGCCACUAUAGCUGGUACGCCGCAUGAUCAUUUGAGCAUAAUGUUGUCUGUCCAUACUGCAUUUUCCGAUCGGGCAAGUGCAUUAUUGACUGUACAAACACUCAUGUCAGAUCUGGCAUCAUUACAGUCCAAGAUUGAGAAACUUGAACCUGCAGCGUCGAAGAUAUUUGGUGGUAAUGAAGCUAGACUUCGCAGAAUUGAAGAGCUAAGGGAAACAAUAAGGGCUACUGAAGAUGCUAAGUUUUGUGCUUUAAGGGAGUAUGAGAGAAUAAAGAUAAUGAAUGUUCCAGAGCAAGAAUUGGACGACCAUUGCUGCUAUUGUUUAUUCCAUGCUUUCAUUACUACUCCUUUAACCUCGUAUAAUAGCGACCAUCAUUUUGUCCUUCUUAUGCAAAAUCAAUUUCAUGUAGUGGUGCAGUAAGCUUUACAUAUUGCUCCCAUCUUGUUGUUUGUGUGAAAAUAGAAACCAUAAUCAACAAGAGGAAGAACUGGUGUCUUCAUAGCUGGGAGUAAUAUGGUUUUCAGGAGGCUGUAUUUAAAUAGGGGCCUGGAGAUUUAGAAUUGCUUUUGAGGAUAUAUUCUGCAAUAUUCAUAUCCAUUCAUUCA